GCACCAGCAUCACCAGCACCAGCAUCAUCAGCACCAGCAUCACCAACACCAGUACCAGCAUCACCAGCACCAGCAUCACCAGCACCAGUACCAGCAUCACCAGCACCAACAUCACCAGCACCAGUACCAGCAUCACCAGCACCAGCAUCACCAGCACCAGUACCAGCAUCACCAGCACCAGCAUCACCAGCAUCACCAGCACCAGUACCAGCAUCAACAGCACCACCAUCACCAGCACCAGUACCAGCAUCACCAGCACCAACAUCACCAGCACCAGUACCAGCAUCACCAGCACCAGCAUCACCAGCACCAGUACCAGCAUCACCAGCACCAGCAUCACCAGCACCAGUACCAGCAUCACCAGCACCACCAUCACCAGCACCAGUACCAGCAUCACCAGCACCAACAUCACCAGCACCAGCAUCACCAGCACCACCAUCACCAGCACCAGUACCAGCAUCACCAGCACCAACAUCACCAGCACCAGUACCAGCAUCACCAGCACCAGUACCAGCAUCACCAGCACCACCAGUACCAGCAUCACCAGCACCACCAUCACCAGCACCAGUACCAGCAUCACCAGCACCAGCAUCACCAGCACCACCAUCACCAUCACCAGCACCAGCAUCACCAGCACCAGUACCAGCAUCACCAUCAUCACCAGCACCAGUACCAGCAUCACCAGCACCACCAUCACCAGCACCAGUACCAGCAUCACCAGCACCAGCAUCACCAGCACCAGCAUCACCAGCACCAGUUCUAGCAUCACCAGCACCACUGUCACCAGCACCAGUACCAGCAUCACCAGUACCAGCAUCACAAGCACCAGCAUCACCAGCACCAGUACCAGCAUCACCAGCACCAGCAUCACCAGCAACACCAUCACCAUCACCAGCAUCACCAGCACCAGUACCAGCAUUACCAGCACCACCAUCACCAGCACCAGUACCAUCACCAGCAUCACCAGCAUCACCAGCACCACCAGCAUCACCAUUACCACCAUCACCAGCACCAGUACCAGCAUCACCAGCAUCACCAGCAUCACCAGCACCAGCAUCACCAGCACCAGUAACAGCAAUGGACGAUGUUAAAAUAUCUGUUGAAGAAAUAGAUAAAUUAUUCGUGAAUAUUGGCCAGAAGACAGCAGUACUACCACACGAGAUAUUACCAUAA